UGAGGACGUUCCGCUAUUAUCGUGUUUUAAACAACCUGACUUGUAAGAAGAAACUCAACCAUGAGCGGAAGAGGCAAAACCGGCGGCAAGGCAAGAGCCAAGGCUAAGACUCGCUCAUCCAGGGCCGGACUGCAGUUCCCGGUGGGUCGUGUUCACAGACUGCUGCGUAAAGGCAACUAUGCAGAGCGCGUCGGUGCCGGAGCCCCGGUGUACUUGGCCGCGGUGCUCGAGUACCUAACUGCUGAAAUCCUGGAGUUGGCCGGCAACGCUGCGCGGGACAACAAGAAGACCCGUAUCAUCCCGCGUCACCUGCAGCUUGCCGUCCGCAAUGAUGAGGAGCUGAACAAGCUACUUGGCGGCGUGACUAUCGCCCAGGGUGGCGUGUUGCCCAAUAUCCAGGCCGUGCUGCUGCCCAAGAAGACUGAGAAGGUGGUGAAGGCCAAGUAAAGCUUUGCGAGCAGUGAAACCAAAAGGCUCUUUUAAGAGCCACCUAAGUCUUCUUGAAAGUGCAAACUUUCUUCUGUGAUUCAGUUUUUUUUUUUUUUUUUUUUUUCCUCUUUUCCCCCCAUUG